AUGUAUUUCAUAAAUAUAUAUUCGUCAUGCUGUCUAGAAGAAAAGAGGUUGUUGUGGAAGUGCCUCUUAGACUGGAAACAAAAACUUCCGGAAGGGGAAUGGAUUAUUGGGGGUGAAUUCAACUCUGUGAAGAACAAGAAGGAAAGAUCAGGGAAGUCUGAGAGUAGUUCUAGUGAAAUGGAAGAUUUUGCGAAGUUUAUAGAUCUAAUGGAGGUGGUGGACUCUCCUUUGAUUAAGAAUAAGUUCACUUGGAUCAGUGCUAAUGGUAAAAUUAGGAGCAGGUUAGACAGAAUUCUGUUGUCAGCAGGUGUAAUAGAUCUCUGGAAUGUUGUGGCUCAAGAGUGUGGUAAGAGGGAUACUUCAGACCAUAGGCCUGUGUGGUUGAAGACUAGCAAGCUUGACUGGGGCCCUAAACCCGUUAAGGAGCAGUGGGAUAACUCUGAAGUUCAAGGCAGUAGGGCUUUUGUUCUCAAGGAGAAAUUAAGGAGGAUUAGAGAUAAAUUGAGGUGGUGGAAUAAGAAUAUUUUUGGUUGGGUAGAGUUGAAGAUUGAAGAGGAAGUGGAUGAAAUUGAUAGGAUUGAAGACGAUGACUGUUAUGUAAACAAUCAACUAAACCAAGAGUUGCUGGAAAGAAGGAAUGAAGUGCAUAAAUCUUUGUGGAAUAGUCUCCAUUUAAAAGAGAGUAUCUUAAAACAAAAAGCAAGACAGAGGUGGGUGGCGGAAGGAGACAGAAAUACCAAGUUUUUUCAUUCUAUGCUUAAGGCUAGGACUAGGAAAAAUUAG